AUGUCAUCCUCAACAAUCCCCACUGUUUUAAACUUCAUAACAGGCAACAAGAACAAGCUUGCCGAAGUCCAAGCCAUCCUCUCCGGCGUCAUCGAGCUGCAGAACCAAAAUGUCGACCUAGUCGAAAUCCAAGGCACCGUUGAAGAAGUGACGAAAGACAAGGCACGGAGAGCAGCUGAGGCUGUAAGUUAUGAUUUCACAUAA